UGUCCGAGUUGACAAAUCCUUUUUGCUGUAGUGUAUACGAUUAGCUGUCAUUCUUUUUUCGAAAAUAUUAAAUUUUCAAGGUUUUUAGUCUUAUUUUUCUAAAAUAAGAACAUGUAAUGGCGACUUCAAAAACUACAAAUACAUAUAAUCGACAAAAUUGGGAAGAUGCUGAAUUCCCAAUUUUAUGCCAAACAUGUUUGGGAGAUAAUCCAUAUAUACGUAUGAUGAAAGAAAAAUAUGGAAAAGAAUGUAAAAUAUGUUCCCGACCUUUUACGGUAUUUCGUUGGUGUCCAGGUGUUCGUAUGCGUUUUAAAAAGACUGAAAUAUGUCAAACAUGUAGUCGUCUGAAGAAUGUGUGUCAAACAUGUUUAUUAGAUUUAGAAUAUGGUUUACCAAUUCAAGUACGAGAUGCAGCACUCAAAAUUAAGGAUGAUCUGCCUCGUAGUGAUGUCAAUAAGGAAUAUUAUAUUCAAAAUAUGGAUAAUGAGUUAAGUAAAAAUGAUUCAGCUUCUGGAAUUGUGGGUGGAAAAGCGGAAACAACAAAUGAUAUGUUAAUGCGAUUAGCACGUACAACGCCUUAUUAUAAACGUAAUCGACCUCAUGUUUGUUCAUUUUGGGUGAAAGGUGAAUGUCGACGUGGUGAAGAAUGCCCCUAUCGACAUGAACGUCCAACAGAUCCUGACGAUCCGUUAGCCGAUCAAAAUAUACGUGAUCGUUAUUAUGGUGUCAAUGAUCCCGUUGCGGAUAAAUUAUUAAGGCGAGCGGCUGCGUUACCUGCAUUACCACCGCCAGAGGAUAAAAGUAUUACAACUUUGUAUAUCGGUAAUGUUGGAGAUCUUACCGAACAAGAUUUACGUGAUUAUUUUUAUCAAUACGGAGAAAUUCGGACAGUGUCAUUAGUGCCACGCCAACAAUGUGCAUUUAUUCAAUACACAACACGAAGUGCCGCUGAAUUAGCUGCCGAAAAAACAUUUAACAAACUUGUAAUCGGCGGUCGACGAUUAGCAAUCAAAUGGGGCCGUUCACAAGGCAGACAAGCCACUGGGGGAAUGAUUGCUCAAGGUGGUAUUGGAACAUUUGAACCACUUGAACCGGUACCAGGAUUACCUGGAGCAUUACCCGUACCACCACCAGAAUUAUCGCAUAACUUCUUCAAUUUAGAACCAGGUCACAUUCCAUUACCAAAUGUACCGCCUCCGCCAUCGUUAAUGGUACCGCACUUAUUUGGACCUCCACCGUCUUUCUUCUUUAAUCCAGCUGCAGCUGCUAUGUCGGCCGCUGCUAUUGGAGCUCCACCAUCAGUACCGCCUGGAACUGAACAGUUUGUUGCACCCGCAGCCGCCGCUAGUUCAUCCGUAGCACCAAGUACGCUACCGAAACCUGCGACCACUACUGUUCAUUAUCCAAGUCAAGAUCCGUCUAGACUUGGUGCAACACAAACUAAAGUUGAUAGGGAUUAAGUUUUUAUUCAUAUUUUACUUUGUUCUU